AUGGUGCGCCUGCGCCGCCGCGCCUGCCUGGCGCUCUUCCUCUGCGCGCUCUUCGUCUUCGGCGCCUUCCUGGCGCUGCGCAGCCUCAAGCCCCCCGACGGCCUCGCCGCCGCCCCCGGGCUGGAGCUGGCGCUGGGGGCCGACGGACGGGCAGGUCCCGCAGCGCGCUGGCCGGAGCGCGCCGCCGCCGCCGCCGCCUCCCUGGCGCCGGCCCCGCGGAGCAGCGAGGCGCGGGCGGCGGCGGCUGGCGGCGCCCCGGGCCCAACGGCGGCGGCGGCGGCCUCGACGGCGGCGGCGCUGCACGCCUUCUACUACACGUGGUACGGGACGCCGCGCUUCGACAGCCGCUACGUGCACUGGGACCACGCGAUGGUGCCCCACUGGGACCCCAAGAUCUCGGCCAGCUACCCCAAGGGCCGCCACAGCCCCCCCGAGGACCUCGGCGCCAGCUUCUACCCGGCGCUCGGGCCCUACAGCUCCCGCGACCCGGCCGUGCUUGAGGAGCACAUGCGCCAGCUGCGAGCCGCCGCCAUCGGAGUAAUGGUUCUAUCCUGGUACCCGCCUGGCCUGGCAGAUGAUAACGGGGAACCUUCAGAGAGCUUGGUACCCUUCAUCUUGGAUGCUGCACACAGAUACACUAUCCAGGUCACAUUCCAUAUACAGCCGUAUAAAGGACGUGAUGACCACACACUACACAGGAAUGUGAAAUACAUCCUUGACAAAUAUGGCGCACAUGAAGCUUUCUACAGGUAUAAGACCAGCACAGGCCGGAGCCUGCCUUUGUUCUAUAUUUAUGACUCCUAUCUGACACCACCUGAAGCGUGGGCCAACUUGCUCGCUCCAUCUGGCUCCCACUCACUGCGCAACACUCCCUAUGAUGCUGUUUUCAUUGGACUGCUGGUGGAGGAGGGCCACAAACAUGACAUCCUCUCAGCAGGCUACGAUGGGAUCUACACCUAUUUUGCCUCCAAUGGUUUCUCUUAUGGUUCCUCCCACCAGAACUGGAAAGCAAUCAAAGCAUUCUGUGACUCCAACAAUCUUCUCUUCAUUCCCAGUGUGGGGCCUGGGUACAUAGAUACCAGUAUCCGCCCAUGGAAUAACCACAACACACGCAACAGGGUGAACGGCAAAUACUAUGAGACAGCCCUGCAGGCAGCCCUCAUGGUGCGCCCAGAGAUUGUUUCCAUCACUUCCUUCAAUGAGUGGCACGAGGGCACCCAGAUCGAGAAAGCCGUGCCCAAGAAAACCCUGAGACGGCUUUACCUGGAUUACGCACCCCACCAGCCAGACAUAUACCUGGAACUGACCCGCAGGUGGGCAGAGCACUACAACAAGGAGAAGGAACAAUGGCUCAUGUGAACAAUCUCAAAGCCCCCAAAAGAAACUGGUAAAAAUGCAAGUGAAGGAACCUACUCUCAGGGCUGCAAACGCCAAAUGUAUGGGUGAAGAGGAAGGGGCUUCAUUGCCUGACGGUUCAGAUACGUUGUGAAAGGAAUGCUAAACUCCUGGAGAGCAGCACACUGAUGCCACUGUGGAAGGCAGAAGGUGUCGGAAGGAAGGCCACUGCUUUCAAAAGCAUCCUUGCUCUGUGGCCUCAGCUGUUCUCCCUUUCCCUUCAAGCAAAAUUCAGGCUGUGCAAGGAACGCUAAGCUGAGCAGCCCCACUCCCAAUGUUCCAAAACCAGCUGUUGUUUUCCCCCAGGGGUAUUUAUUCCUAGCGUGACACUGCUAUGGAAGAGCUCCCAAUCCUGCAGACAAAUGCUUAGCCUGCUAUUUUAGCCCACCCUUUCAAAAGAUAGAACAAGCUGUGUAUGGUGGACAGUCCUCAAAGUUUUUUAAAAAUAUAUAUCAUGCUUUGGAACCCCAUGAUCAAAAGUGCACCCAAUCUUGCAAUAAAAUUAAAAUCCCACUAGCAU